AUGACCAGCACCUCGCCAUUCACGCUCCGCUGGGGCAUCCUCUCGACUGGCUCCAUUGCUACCGAGUUCGCCAUGGACCUCCUGGUGGACCCAGCAACCCGUAACUCGGAUAUGCGCCAUGUCAUCGCUGCAGUUGGCUCCCGCAGCGUCGAGUCGGCCGACAGAUUUGUCGACAAGCUCAAGGCCUCAACAGGCCCUUGGAGCUGGGGCGUCCAGCAAGGCCUGCUCACGGAGACCAAGGCCUACGGCUCGUACGCAGAGGUGUGCAACGAUCCUAACGUCGACGUGGUGUACGUCGGGACGCCGGUGACGCUUCACCACGCCGACGCCAAGAUGGCCCUCCUGGCAGGCAAACACGUGCUGUGCGAGAAGUGCUUCACCUUUGAUCUGGCCGAGCUCGACGACCUGAUCGCUAUCGCGCGUGAGAAAAACCUCUUCCUUAUGGAGGCGGUGUGGACGCGGUUCCACCCAAUCGCGUACAAGAUCCAGGACGUCGUGUUCUCCGGCCGCCUUGGAAAGCCCAAGCGCUUCCAGGCCGACUUUAGCAUCGAUUUCAACGUCGAUGCCAGGCCCACCUCGGAUCGCUUCCUCGACCCAGCUCUCGGCGGCGGCAGCUUGCUCGACAUGGGCCCGUACCCGUCGGUGUGGGCGAUGCUGCUGCUCUACCAGCACCCAGACAACCGCUCUACAGCACCCAAGUUUGUCAACUCGUACCAACGGAUCUACCGUCGCACAAACGUCGAUGAGCGCAGCCGUUGGCUCCUAGACUUUGAGAACCUCGAAUGCGAGGCACAACUAAUGACGGACAUGACAACACAUGGGUUACGCGAAGCGACUGCCGUCCUGCAGUGUCAGGAUGGAGACCUGAUUAUCGAGUUUGGUCCCCAGAAGCCUAGCACGUUCCACAUUGUGCCCCGCAACGGCGAGCGCGAGACUUACCACUAUCCUAUUGCGGCGGAGCAGGGGCACGGACUGUGCUUCGAGGCAGAUGAGGUUGCACAGUGUAUCCGCGAUGGGAAGACGGAGAGUGAGCGCAUGCCGCUCUCCGAGAGCCGGGUUGCGCAAAGCUGGCUCGACGAGGUGCGCCGCCGCGGCACGACGUGCAUGAAGGACAUGAAGGGCAAGGCUUGA